AUGACACUAAUCCUGACAUCUGACCAUUCCAUAGCUGCUGAGGCCUUUGUCACUCUGGCCACCACAGACCCAUACUGCAUGGGAGCUAUAGUAGUGGCUAGAAGUUUACGGCGUCACGGGACAACACGCAACAUUGUUGUCAUGGUCACACCAAACGUCUCAGAACAGUCAAGGCUUUCUCUUAAAAAUGUGUUUGAUGAGGUCAUCAUGGUGGAUGUGAUGGACAGUGAGGACCCUCUCCAUCUGGCCUUGCUCAGACGUCCUGAGCUCGGCAUCACCUUCACCAAGAUCCACUGCUGGACUCUGACCCAGUACAGCAAAUGUGUCUUCCUGGAUGCUGACACACUUGUUCUGUGUAACGUGGACGAGCUGUUUGAGAGAGACGAGCUGUCGGCAGCUCCUGAUCCCGGCUGGCCCGACUGCUUCAACUCUGGAGUGUUUGUCUUUAUACCAUCCCUCCACACCCACACCCGCCUUCUGAAUCACACCCUGCUGCAUGGCAGCUUUGACGGAGGGGACCAGGGCCUGUUGAACUCUUUCUUCAGUAGCUGGCCAGUGGAAGACAUCAGUAAACACCUGCCAUUUGUCUACAACCUCAGUGCCAGCUCCUUCUACACCUACCUCCCUGCUUUGCAACAGUUUGGCCACAAUGCAAAGAUUGUCCAUUUCUUAGGAGUACUGAAACCCUGGAGCUCACGCAACCAGAGAGACGACAGCCACUCCCACACCAUGGAACAGUUUGUUUCUCUGUGGUGGACGGAAUACCUCAGUUUCCCAACUAUGUCUCUACCGGGGCCACAGUCCAGUCAAGACUGUGAGAAACCAAAACCGAUCCAAGAACAAGAUGUCAAGAAGACAUUUAGAGAAACCUUGGACAACUCUGAUACACUGCUCGCACAUUUUUCACUCCGUUCUAAGAUGCUUCAUUCACCUUCUGAACCAAAGACGUGUUCCCACACAGAUAACACACUGUUGGAGGAAGAUUCAGGAACACCUAAGAGGACAGCAACCCAGGAUGACCCACCUUUUGGAGCAGAGGAGUUGAAGGGCCGCGAUGGGACCUCAGACACUGGUACACAUCCUGAGCCAGAUGAACUGAUGGCAGCAUCAUAUCAGAUGAGAAGCACCAGAUUCCAGCUCUACAGAUGUCCCAGCUUCCAAGGGCUGCAGACACUGAGGCAGAGAGGCUGGAGCAUCGCAGGCUGUGGGAGGCCGGGCAGGCUGACUACCUGGGAAGAGACGCCUUCCAAAACAUCCAGAGGAUGCUGGACCGCUUCCUGGAUUAACAGAUCACCCACAUGA